CAUUUUUUUCUCUCUCUGUAUUAGAUUCUGCCAUUUUUUCAAUUUUUUUUUUUGAUUUUUUCUCUCUUUUUUCACAUCCAAAUCUAAUCAAAUCUAACCAAAUCCGACAUCAAAUUCUUUAUUCUCAUCUCUGUCUAUUAAUCACCUCUCUACAACCUCUACAGCUCACCGGCGUCGCAGCUCCGGCGACGAUAACACGCUCGUGAUUAUACCUAUAAGUACGCAUUUCUCUGCACGUCCUCAUAAUAUACUGAUUUUAUAAUAGAGUUUGUUAUGAGCAGAUUAUUGCUAUUAUUACUGUUAUAGUAAUUUCUGAGUGUCUAUAAUGUCACUCAGAUCAUCUAUGAAAAGGAAUGCUGCCUUUUUUGAUUCGGUGAAAUGCGGAUUCAAAAUGAAGCAGCUUCCGUUUAUGGGAAUUUUGUGUACAGUUAUGUUGUUUGUUGUCUAUAGAACCACAUUGUAUCAAUAUCAACAUACACAGAUGGAAACAAAAAUGCAUCCUUUCGACUCAUUGAAGGAAUCAGCUUUGGCUUCUGGAUUAUUGGGCGGUUUACCUGUUGGUAUAGUACGAGCUAGUUCGAAUUUGGAAAUGACGCCCUUGUGGUCAUCAAGUAGUUCAAGGUCACAGGUUGAUAGUUCUAGCCACCAUAACUUACUGGCUAUUCCAGUUGGUAUCAAGCAGAAGCUUAAUGUUGAUGCUAUUGUCCAAAAGUUUCUUCCAGAGAAUUUCACGGUUAUUCUAUUUCAUUAUGAUGGCCAUGUGGAUGGGUGGUGGGAUCUUGAAUGGAGCAACGAGGCGAUACACAUAGUUGCUCAAAACCAAACGAAGUGGUGGUUUGCAAAACGCUUUCUGCAUCCAGCUGUUGUAUCUACCUAUGAUUACAUAUUUCUGUGGGAUGAAGAUUUAGGGGUUAGGCAUUUCCAUCCAGGAAGAUACUUGCGUAUUGUAAGAUCGGAAGGAUUGGAGAUAUCUCAGCCAGCGUUAGAUCCAAAUUCAACCGACAUACAUCAUAGAAUUACUAUACGAUCCAGAACGAAAAAGUUUCAUAGAAGAGUGUAUGACAGUAGAGGCAGUACCAAGUGUUAUGAUGAUAGUGAGGGACCACCAUGCUCCGGAUUUGUGGAAGGUAUGGCUCCAGUAUUUUCAAGAGCUGCUUGGUAUUGUGCUUGGCAUCUUAUACAGAAUGAUCUGGUCCAUGGAUGGGGAAUGGAUAUGAAACUUGGAUAUUGUGCACAAGGUGAUCGCUCAAAGAGGGUGGGAAUUGUCGACAGUGAGUACAUUGUUCACCAGGGCAUACAAACAUUGGGUGGGGGAGGACCUCCUGGGAAAAAGGCUUCAAACAGUGAAGAUACAACUAAGAGAAAUGGUGCUAUAAUCAUGGAUUCUAGAAUGGAGAUUAGAAGACAAUCGACAUUGGAGCUUCAAAUCUUUAAGGACAGGUGGAAUGAAGCAGUAAAAGAGGACAAGGACUGGGUUGAUCCCUUCAAAGGGAAUCCAAAACACAGGAGAAGAAGACGACGACACACACACUAAGUUCUCAACUCUUUUAACUUUUCAGCUUCAGCGCGCACACAGAGUCAUAUUCAUACAUGUAAUCUAGUUUGUGCAUCCUUCACUAUUAUUUCAUUAUUUGGACAUGAAUAGUUUUCUCUGACAAUUCAGGACUUGUUUAGUGUAUCUAGUUCUAGCUAAUUUUUUCUCCUUCGAUUUUUACUCGGUCGGAAAUUUGCAGUGUAAUUAAAGGUGUUUAAAGUUGAACCACAGUUUUUAAAGGCAAUAGAUACCCAAUUCUCUUA